AUGGCUGCCGAGGUCCUCACUGACAUGCAACUGACUUCUCUGCCUAAAAUAUCUCAGGGCAAAGUCAGGGAUCUCUUUUCCCUCCCCGACGGCGACAAGCCCACUCUCCUCUUUGUGACUUCAGACCGUAUCAGCGCUUAUGACGUCAUCCUCAAGAACGGUAUUCCCACCAAGGGCGUCAUCUUGACCUUGCUGUCGGCCAAAUGGUUUGAGAUUCUUUCAUCCCGGGUCCCGGGCCUGAAGCACCACUUCCUCCACCUGGGCCCGCCGACUUCGCCGGGCCUCAUCACGGAAGAUGAGAAGAACAUGCUUCGGGGCCGGUCGAUGACCGUUCGACGUCUCAAGAUCUUCCCUAUUGAAGCCAUUGUGCGUGGCUACGUGACGGGCAGCGCUUGGGCAGAGUAUGAAAAGACCCAGACCAUCCACGGACUCCCGCAGCCCGCCGGCCUGCGCCGCUGCGAACGUCUCCCUGAACCCAUCUACACGCCCUCCACCAAGGCCGAGCUGGGCGACAAGGACAUCAACAUUUCCCCCGAGGAGGCGCGGAAGCUUGUGGGCGACAAGUAUGCCUCCCGCAUCGAGGAGCUCGCGCUCGCUUGCUACAAGGCCGGCGCUGCGUAUGCCGAGGAACGUGGUAUUAUCAUUGCCGACACCAAGUUUGAGUUCGGCUUGGACGACGUGACCGACGAGAUCUAUCUUGUUGACGAGGUUUUGACGCCUGAUUCCUCGCGCUUCUGGAGCAGAGCCGAUUACCAAGUCGGACGCGAACAGGACUCUUUCGACAAGCAGGUGCUCCGAAACUGGUUGACAGACCACGGCCUGAAAGGGAAGCCGGACGUCGAGAUGCCCCCCGAGGUCGUAGAGAAGACAAAGGCGCGCUAUACCGAAGUCUUUGAGCGGCUUAUCGGCAACAGCUUUGAGGACGCAUUGAAGAACCUGGCGGAGUGA